GUUGCACAGCAGGUACCACUGAUCUGUGACUCGCAACGACACCGGAUACCGUCAAUCGGGGUCGAUCGCGCAUUGCGAUUGGUCCAGCACGAUGCAACCUUGUUCGCGUUCGGGGCAUGUUACAGAACCACGCUAGCCACGCGUCCCAGCCACAGCUCAUAUAAAUGCUGGCGGCAAUGCGCCGCUUCUCCAGUCGACCGCCCGUCGACAUACUAGUGAGACAUUCCAACCGCCAUUCCUGCCCUUAGCCCUGUCGCUGGUCUAGUCAUUCCUCCGCCAGCCCUCUACCCACAGCAACCGAGUCCCCUUCCCGUUGCCGAUGAAUCAAUUGUUCCUUGCGACUUUAGAGUGUACGAGCAAAUCCCCACAUCGAUGAUCGCCACGGCCAGGCUUCCGGAAAACAGCCAAUCCGCCCAACAUAUACUUCCCCACGAGACUUCAUUCGCCGCAUCUGCUCACUUCGUGAUACCGAGAGGCAUGUCUGAAAUCGCGUCAGGAGGUGACGGAGGGAGCGACGGAUUCAGUGGCGCGCGGUCCGGCAGCUCGUCCUCGAGCUCGAGUCCCCCGUCGCAGUCGACUGGAGGAGAGCAUGCGUCGCACACCGUAAUCAACCAGGUCGUCAUCCCGGUCUGCGUGGCCAUCGUGCUCGCCCUCUUCAUCGGCCUCCUCGUCCGUUGGAUCAUAAAGCUCCGCCGGAGCUCCCGGGCGCGCGCGGCGAGAACGGUGCUUCCGACCGUCGCAGAAAAACCUGAGCUGUUCGACGUGCAGCUCGAGUCCCCUCCCCCUGUCUAUACGGCCAACGCAAGAUGGACUCAUAUCAGGCCGUUGUCGGCCAAGUACAUCCCGCAGGAUUUAUAUGACAUCGAGCAGGCGGUCGCUGCGAACAUGUCGUCAUACCCGGGCACUCCCGCUUCAAGUCGCCCGGUCAGCAUGCAGACCUCGUCGUCGCACUCGUCGUCCGCAAGCAAGGGAUCGAAGCCAGGAGAGGAUGGGCGUCUUCGUGUGGCAGUGGCUAUAGCGAUGCCGUCGCCGAGGCUUCCCGCCGACGAUAAGAAGGGGAAAGAGGCGUCGCAAGAGCCUCCACCGCUGUACCUCGGAGUGGCCGAUCUUCCAUGGCAAGCGACGAAGCUUGAGGCGUAAUAUGACUGCUGAUUUAUUUUUGGGAUCAUGACAUCUGUUCGUACAAGUCACUUUGAUGUUUUGUUAAAUGCGAGACGAACCAAUGUUCUAAUUGCUCGUGAAUUCUUCCUUGCUACGAGCUGGAAGACAGAAAGUCUCAUUGGGUAGCGAUCCUGUUUGCGAAGUUGUCAAUCGUUAGGUGGCGACAUGGAUCAGAUCAACACUGACUGCGA